CAAAAUUAAACAUUUCUUAAUUGACUUCUUCCAUUCUCCGAUCAGAUCCUCUGUUUCCAAUCUAACAGAGAACCACAACCACAUUAUAACUCGCCGCCGACACUACUCCCCGAUCACCACCAUGUCAAAACUCGCCGGCGUUCAUGUCCUAGUAUUCCCAUACCCAGCACAAGGCCAUAUGCUUCCUCUCUUAGAUUUCACGCACCAGCUCGCCAUCCGCAACCUUACCAUCACCGUCCUCGUCACUCCUAAAAAUCUUCCCUUCUUGUCCCCUCUCCUCGCAAGACACCCCGCCAUCAGCACCCUCGUUUUGCCUUUUCCGGCGAACCCAUCGAUCCCCGACGGCGUCGAGAACGUCAAGGACCUCCCUCCCUCCGGCUUCCGUGCCAUGAUACCCGCUCUCGGCGGCCUCAAAGAUCAAAUCAGAGACUGGUUUUGAUUUCACCCUUCGCCGCCGGUAGCAAUCAUUUCCGACAUAUUCUUGGGGUUCACCCACCGACUUGCCGUCGAGCUUGGCGUUCGCCGGUACGUUUUUUCCCCCUCCGGCGUCGUGGCCAUGUCCCUCGGUUUCACCCUGUGGAGAGAGAUGCCCAAGCGGAAGAAUCCGGACGAUGAGAGUGAGGUUUUCCGUUUUCCGAGCCUUCUGAACUGCCCGGAAUAUCCCUGGUGGCAGCUUUCUCCGAUUUACCGGAGCUACGUGGAGGGAGACCCAGAUUCGGAGUUCAUCAAACAGUCGUACCUGGAUAAUACCGUGAGUUCCGGGCUUCUGUUCAACACUUUCAGUGCGCUGGAGGGGGUCCACACAGAGCACCUCAAGAAGUACUUGGUCAACGAGAGGAUUUGGUCCGUCGGUCCACUGUUGCCUGCAGGCGAUGAAAACUCCGGGCCGGCGGAGCGCGGCGGAUCGAGCACCGUCUCAACGGAUGAGAUACUGAGUUGGCUCGACUCGCGGGAGGACAACUCGGUUGUCUACGUUUGCUUCGGCAGUCAAGCAGUGUUGACCGACCGGCAAAUGGAGGCGCUAGCGCUCGGGCUUGAGAAGAGCGGAGUCAACUUUCUGUGGUCAACGAAGGUGCCCACGGGGCACGUGGGUGAAGGCUACGGGGCGAUACCCACGGGUUUCCGGGAACGUGUGGGCCCGAGGGGAUUAGUGAUCCAAGGAUGGGCCCCACAGGUAUUGAUUCUCAAGCAUCGUUCUAUAGCGGCAUUCCUGACCCACUGCGGGUGGAACUCGACGCUAGAAGGAAUAGUUGCUGGCGCGCCAUUGCUGACAUGGCCGAUGGGCGCCGACCAAUACGUGAAUGCGGACCUCCUAGUGGACGAGUUCAAAGUGGGGAUGAGAGCAAGUGAGGGACAGGAAACGGUGCCGGACUCGAACGAGUUGGCUCGUUUGUUGAGCAAAGCCGUGAAAGAGGGAGGUGGGGAGGCAAAGGUGCGUGCUUUGGAGCUGAAACGUGCAGCGUUGGAUGCCAUUGUUAAGGGAGGUGAUUCAUUCAACAAUCUCGAAAACUUCGUCAAGCACUUGAGUGAAUUGGCUUCGGAACCAAAAGGAAACAAACAAUAGUAAGCCAAUUUGCCGGUCAAGGCGCUAUUUUUCGUUUUUUUUUUUUUGUGAUUUUUUUGCGUGGAUAAGUUGAAAUCUUUAUACGGCACACUUCAUACUUUUUAUUUUUAAUAAUACUCGAUAGCCCGUAUCGUCUCACAAAUUAUUCCUUAAUAGGAGCCAUUUCGUGCAACAGUGCAAGCGAAAACCGAAAACUAAAUCAAUAAAUAUCGAAUCAUAAAUGAAUUUUAUCGAAACAUAGAAUUCAAUGUAUACAGAUGAACUUGAGGUUCGAUUUGAGAAUAUUUUAAAAUUAGAACUAACCCGUUUUCUUUUUUAUUACUUGCCUAUAUAUUUUAGUAAUUAUAAAUGAAGGUAAAACAAAAUAACAUUGACUCAACAAUAAAGAAAAGGAAACAAAGGAAGACUUGUAGAGUUACUUGUUAGCAUCCUCUCUUGAGUACCUUUUUGAAAUUUAUAAGACACGGGUAUAGCCGUAUAGGGCAUAUUUAUGCACAAUUGAAAUAUAGGGGCUAACUUAAAAAAACACGGGAUGGGUUUUUAAAGAUUCAUAACUAAAUAUUGGGGUCAUGACUAUGACUUAUGAGCACUCCAAGUAAGUUAGAUUUGCAGUUUACACAAUGACACUUGGUAAUGUUCGUCACAUUGAGACCUUUAACAGUUUGCAAAAUUAAUUUGAAAUUAUUUGAUUGUCUACAGUCCUACUAUACAUAUGUAAAAGUUAUCUUAUAUGCCACAUGGCAUUAAAUGUGGCAUUUGUAUUAAAACUGCCAAAGGGUAAGAAAAAAAUGUAACAUGUGACACUUUUUAAAAUAUGACCUACAUGAAAUAUAGAUAGCUGGAAUUACGAGACAAUAUGCACAUGUAGUCAUGUAGAAGUUAUAUUCCAAAACAAAGAAGUUAUAACUAGAAUCGAAAAUAAUGAACUGUUUCUAUCUUAUUGGUUUUAUACUCCUGUUUUCAUUUGCUUGUCUACAUGUAUUAUUUAUUUAAUACACACCAUUUAAUAAGCAUCAUUAGUGGACGUUAUUACAGCAUGUUAUAUUUUAUUAUUGUAAUAACUAGUUAAGUAGCAUAUUUACUAUUUACGUAUUAAAUAUUACUCCUAUUAUUGUAUGGACCAUGCAAGAGCCAGCUUCUCUCUCUUGUGAUGAGUCAUACCCCUUUGUUGUACUAUAUAUACAUGUACGCAUGAUGUAUGAAUAAGAAAGUGUAGAGUUUUGCUCUCUGCUAACUCCUUUUCUCCUCUUCAAUAUUAAUAUUAUCAUACUCAAUUUUGUUAUAUCAAUUUUAUCAUGGUAUCAGAGCCAAAAUCCUGGAAGCAAAAUAUUUGCUCUUCUGUAUAAUUUUUUUUAGAUCGGUUAUGGAGGUUGGUGGUCCAACCGUCAAGACUUGCCAUGAGAAUAUGAUUUCUUCCUUGUUAGGAGCUCAAGUGAAUAUGGCAUAUACGUUGCCACAUGCUCGUCCUUGGAUAAUUGAUUCCGGAGCUACUGAACAUAUCACUUGUAGUGAUAUUAACCUUUUCGAUAUCAUGAAUCACAUCCCACAACCACCAGUCAGAAUUCCUAACGGUGAAUCAAUCCCGGUUCAUGCUGUUGGAAGUUUAUAUUUACCCAAUGGGCUCCAUCUUAAACGCGUUCUGUACAUUCCGCAAUUUCAGUGUAACCUAAUAUCAGUCAGUCGCCUAACAAGCGACUUAAACUGUACGCUAACAUUUUUCUCAGACUUCUGUGUUUUCCAGGAUUUAUCCACGAGAAAACUUAUUGGCGUAGGUAAAUUUCGUGAUGGUCUCUACUAUUUAGAAUCUCAGAAGAGUGAAGGGGUGGCAAUGUCAGUCUCAAUUACUUCUGAUUUAUGGCAUCAACGUUUGGGGCAUGCAUCCGAUGGAAAGAUACAUCAUAUUAGUUCUCUCAAGGGUUUUCAACGGAAUGAUAAUUUUUGUGAUCCAUGUAUUCGUGCUAAGCAGACUAGGUUGCCCUUUCCCAAAGGUGGGAUUAAGACAACCCGUUGUUUUGAAUUGAUACAUUGCGACAUUUGGGGACCUUAUAGAUGUGAUUCAAUCUCCGGAGCACGGUAUUUUCUAUCUAUUGUUGAUGAUUAUACUAGAGGUGUGUGGGUUUAUUUAAUGAAAAAUAAAUCUGAAGUUCCUCAGCUUUUAAUUCAUUUCUGCAACAUGGUUAAUACCCAAUUUGAACAAAAGGUCAAAAGAAUAAGAGCAGAUAAUGGCGUAGAAUUUCAAACCAAUAGUCUACUUGAUUAUUAUGGGCACACUGGGAUAUUAUUGGAAACGUCAUGCACAGACACACCUCAACAAAAUGGAGUUGUAGAGCGUAAACAUAGACACAUAUUGGAAGUAGCAAGAGCAUUACGUUUUCAAUCUGGAUUGCCUAUUGAUUUUUGGGGAGAAUGCAUUUUGACAGCUGUUUACAUUAUUAAUAGGCUUCCUUCUCCCAUCAUUCAAAACAAAAGUCCUUUUGAAAUGCUAUUUGGGAAAGUGCCCAAUUAUGAACAUUUAAGAGUGUUCGGAUGUUUGGUAUAUGCACACAUCAAUAAAAGAAAAGAUAAAUUUGGUGAGAGGGGGAGCCCUUGUAUAUUUUUGGGUUAUCCGCAUGGUCAAAAGGCAUACAAAGUUUUUGAUUUGCAAAAACAUAUUGUAUACAAUUCCAGAGACGUAACCUUUUAUGAAGAGAAGUUUCCAUUUAAAAUGAGUCUUGAUCAUGAGCUUGAUUUCCCCACUCUUAUUGACAAAGUAUACAAUCAUAUUUUAUCUUGUGAGUAUCCCACAGAGCAGAGCAACACCACAAACGUGAGUACCAGCCUACAUCCCAUUAUUACACGAGGACAAAAUUCUUGUGAGGAGCAACGCCGUGGCCCCACACCAACAGCACCGGCUGCAUGGGAGCAGUAUACUCUCGGAUCAACAACAGUGCCGCCGGCCAAGCCGAUUCCCCUUGAAUCUUCUCCACAUGCUGAAAUCUUCCGCGGCCCCACAUCUGCAGCAAGGAAUACGCCAGAUACAUUUUUGGAGCCAGCUAGCGAGCAACUACACGGAAAUGGGCAGGAGCAAAUCAAUCAUCCUCCAACCUCUGCAUGUGAAUUCCAAAAUCAUGGCCCCGCCUCUAAAAAUCAUGAGGAGCCACUUGUUGAUAUGUUAAUCCAGCCACCUACUGGAUUUCAAGAGUCACCAAAUAAUUCUGCACAAUUUCCCUCUCAAGUUGACAAUCUAGCAGAAGGACAUAUUCCAGUGGGUCCUUCUAAUCAGUCAAGAAGACAUGAUCGGAACCGUAAAAUCCCAAAGCAUCUUGACAAUUAUGAAGUUCAAUUGCCACCUUCACUUGAUCAUUCCCGACCCAUUACCAAUUCAGUCAACUCAAAACCAUAUCCCAUAUCUGAUUUUAUUAGUUAUGAAAAAUUUUCAUCCACACAUAAAGCCUUUUUAGCUGCCAUCACUUCACGUGAUGAGCCUAAAUAUUUUUCUCAGGCAGUCCAAGACCCACUAUGGCGGGAGGCCAUGCAAAAGGAGAUUCAUGCUUUAGAAGAAAACACAACUUGGUCUUUGGUCCAUCUCCCACCAGGGAAAAGAGUUGUUGACUCUAAAUGGGUUUAUAAAAUUAAAUAUAAGCCUAAUGGAGGUGUGGAACGCUAUAAAGCUAGAUUGGUAGCUAAAGGAUAUACACAAGUUGAGGGAAUUGAUUUUCAUGAGACUUUUGCCCCUGUCGCCAAGCUUGUUACUGUGAGAUGCAUACUGGCAGUUGCAGCCAAACGUAAGUGGAUAGUACAUCAAUUGGAUGUAAACAAUGCCUUUCUUCACGGAGAUCUGUCUGAAGAUGUUUACAUGCGUAUUCCCCAAGGUUUUAAAAAGGCUGGUGAUACUCGUGUUUGCAAAUUACGGAAAUCACUUUAUGGAUUACGACAAGCAUCUCGUAAUUGGUAUCAUAAAUUUACCCAAGCUCUCACCAAAAUUGGUUUCCGUCAAUCCCAAGCGGACCAUUCGCUAUUUAUCUUCCAACAAGGCUCACUUGUCACAUUUGCUCUCAUCUAUGUCGAUGACGUUAUUCUGGCAGGAAAUGACAUUACCCACAUUGGUACAGUAAAAGAUUACUUAAACAAUGAGUUUAGUAUUAAAGAUUUGGGGAAACUGAAAUAUUUUCUCGGCAUUGAAGUCGCUCUCUCUCCAGAUGGUUUUGUCUUGAGCCAGCGUAAGUACACUCUUGAUAUUCUUGAAGAGAGUGGUAUGCUCGCCGGACGCCCUUCUCAGUUUCCCAUGGAGCAAAAUUUAAAACUUCGCCCAGAUGAUGAUAGCCCUCCGGUGGAUGCCUCUUCUUACCGCCGUCUCAUCGGGCGCUUAUUAUACCUCACUGUGACUCGUCCGGAUAUUGUUUACUCUGUUAGUCAACUCAGUCAAUUUCUUAGUUGUCCACGUCAAACACACCUUGAUGCGGCAACACGUGUUCUGCGGUAUCUGAAACAAACACCGGGUCAAGGAAUUUUCCUAUCAUCAGAAACUGACCUCACGCUCCGGGGCUAUUGCGAUGCAGAUUGGGCAGGGUGCUCUUUUACUCGUAGAUCCAGUACCGGUUACUUCAUCACCCUUGGUAACUCACCCGUUUCUUGGCGAACAAAGAAACAAUCUGUUGUAUCUCGCUCAUCCGCCGAAGCAGAAUACCGCGCUAUGGCAGUAACUGUUAGCGAGAUUUUGUGGUUGCGAUGGUUACUUCAGGAUUUUCUAGUCCCUCAAGAAGAUCCUACAUCCCUUUACUGUGAUAAUCAAGCUGCUCGACAUAUUGCGCUUAAUCCAGUUUUCCAUGAACGUACUAAACAUGUUGAGAUAGAUUGUUAUUUUGUCCGAGAAAGAGUCGCCACUAAUGAGAUUCGACCACUAUCCAUCUCCACAACCAAUCAAGUUGCUGAUAUAUUCACAAAGGCCUUGGGCGCUGACCGAUUUCAAUUUCUUCGAAGCAAGUUGGGUGUUCGCAAUCUUCACACUCCACCUUGAGGGGGAGUAUUACAGCAUGUUAUAUUUUAUUAUUGUAAUAACUAGUUAAGUAGCAUAUUUACUAUUUACGUAUUAAAUAUUACUCCUAUUAUUGUAUGGACCAUGCAAGAGCCAGCUUCUCUCUCUUGUGAUGAGUCAUACCCCUUUGUUGUACUAUAUAUACAUGUACGCAUGAUGUAUGAAUAAGAAAGUGUAGAGUUUUGCUCUCUGCUAACUCCUUUUCUCCUCUUCAAUAUUAAUAUUAUCAUACUCAAUUUUGUUAUAUCAAUUUUAUCAGACGUCUCUAGGGUUUUCCCUAGCUAGUUUUGCCGGCGGCGGCGUUUAGUCGCUCAGGUCCGGAGAUUCGGAGAUUUUGACUGCGUUUUGGAUCGUCUUUCUCCCACCGGUAAUUUUCAGAUCUCAAUUCGUCUCAUAGGCUUGAGGAAGAGGUGAAGGCGGGGUUGGGGUCUGGUUCUUCUUCACGGCAGGGGUUUUAUUCGGCUUUGGGGAGUUUGAAAAGGAGGUUGCAGGCUGCUGCUUUUUCGUCAAUUGGAUGCAACGAUUCGGCCACACGCAAUCUGGAAGGUCUGGGAGGUCAAGGGGAUGAUUAGCAAUUGUCAUAGCAGGUUGUUUGAAGGUGGUGAAGUAGGCCGACGAGGAGGUCACAGAUGAGAAAGGGACUCCAAACAAGAGCUCACGUGUGAAGGUAGACGAAGAGGUGCUGAUACGUCCCCCUCCUGAACCGCCGCCAUGGAGAAUUUUUGCGGCUAGGACUGUGGGAACUCAAUGGAGGUUUCUCGGGAGAAUAAGGAUGCAUUUUAAUUUUCAUGCUGCUGUUGUGUUUGGUUUUUCUACUUUCGAUCAGACUAUGUUUAUUUCUUUUACUUUUACUUUAUUCUGUCAGACUUUUACAUUAGGUAGGGGUGAUGAGGGUUUCGUUCUGGUCACGUUUGGCUCAUUUAGACCCAUUACAGGACAAUCGAAUCAUAUUGCUCUAUCCAGGGUGGUUGGUUCUCCAACUGGUCCGAGGGUUAGUGGCUGGAAGUGUUUCCUUUAUCGUUUGUAUCCCUUGCUGAAUGUUUUAUUAUCAAUAUAAGCCCUCUAGUUCUUGAUAAAAA